GCCGAAAUGAACAUGAAAUCGCCCAACAUGGUGAAGUCGCCCGGCGCCGCCCUGCCGCGCAUCAAUCGACCUGGGAAGAUAUCUCUGUCCGAAGAUUCGGCCGGGUUCCACUGGUGGCCGCUUCCCAUCGCCCUCACGAUGGUGUUUGCCAUCUUCUACAUGGGGAACGUUCUGUACGACAGUGGCUGGCUGGACCAACUCACUGGGGGUCUCGUCUCCACGCAGUUCAAUGAAGAGAACAUCCUCACAGGAGGAUGUGCUGCCAUCAACCACGCAAUCACGUGGCGCGAACUCAGCCGCAAGGCUCGGCGUUGCGCGCGCGGGAGUUACUACGAUCCCCUCCACAACACCUGCGCCGGUUGCAUCCCGUUCAUCGCUGACGACAAGUUUAUGGCCGUAUCUUGGGACACCAAGACCAACUGCUCCAAGCUCGUCGAAGAAGCCGAAACCCGAUUUGUGAGCCACGUGUACUGGUCGUUCGCCACCGUGAACGCCGCCACUGGCGCCGUCGUUGCCCCCGUCGACGAGCAGGACAACACCCCCCUCGCCAAAUGUAUGCUGCAGCUCCGCACCCGGUGCAUCCGCCAAAUCGGCGUCAUUGGGGACAUCUCCGCCCAGGACAGCACGUUUGCGGCCUUGGACGACGCCAACCUGCCCACGUUUGUGUCGACAGCCACAGACUGGGUCAAAACGUUGAAGCUGGAUGGCCUCAAUAUUGCCGACCCCACCGGCAACACCGCGGCGGGCGUGUGGACCCGCGGCCCGUUCAUGCUCAAGGCCAUGAAAGCUCUCCGGGAAGGCCUCGACGACGCCGCGUUACCGGAGGAACCGCGGCUUACGCUGUCGUGGGACGAAUAUGCCGCUGCAUUUGACACGGGGAAAAACAACACCACAGGCGGGUGCGGCGCCAAGAACCCGACCGUGCGGUGCUUUCCCACCGGCCUCGACACUAUCGUGGACACGAUUCAGCUGCAAAUGCAUCGCCGACCCGAGACCCUCCCCGUGGCCAACAUCACUGCGACCAACUGGACAGCCAUCAUCCCCCGUCUCAACGAGAAGAUCAUGUACACAUUUCGCAACAAUGUUGGCCUCACGCCCAAAGAUCUCACGGCCAUCGCGUUCGACGGCACUUUUAAAGCCAAAGGCGCGGCGCUGUAUUCGGCUACGGAGGAUGUGGCCACGAAUAAGGCUGCAACUUUGCGGGACAUGGGCGCCAAGGGUGCAUAUGGCGUCUUAAUGCCUACGCAGUUGGUCGACAUGCCCAUCUUGCCAUAUUAAUUGUUGUGGGGAAAGAACCAGGAGACUGUAUUAUUUACAGUAGUACUAUUGUCUUCAAAUCGAUUAAGAGAAUAUGGAUUAAAAAACAGCCAAUCAAAUCACGUCUUGUCUAAUUUCUG